UUGAUGCUCUCGGAAUGGCUGGUGGACGUGCCCAGUGACCUGGCCGAGCAGUGGCUCCUCGUGGUCUGUCCCACUGGAAAACGCUGUCUCAUCGUAGCUUCCAAAGGAAGCACAGCGGCCUACACAAAGAGCGGCUUCUGUGUGAAUCGCUUCCCGUCUCAGCUCCCUGGGGGAAACCGACAGAACUCUGCCGCAGGCAAAGAUUACACAAUUCUGGACUGUAUUUACAAUGAAGUGAACAGAACCUUUUUUGUCUUGGAUGUGAUGUGCUGGAGAGGUCACCCAGUCUAUGACUGCCAGACAGAUUUCCGCUUUUUCUGGCUUCAAUCCAAACUGCAGGAGGAGGGGGAGAAGCUGUCUGAGAUAGCGACUGUCAAUCCAUUCCGCUUUGUGGGUUUGCAGAGUUCCCCGUGUGCACCAGAAGCUAUUUACCAGAUUUUGGCUGCAGAUUAUCCAUUUGAGGUGGACGGGCUGCUGUUUUACCACACGCAGACACAUUACACCCCGGGAAGCACCCCGCUGGUGGGCUGGCUGAAGCCUUACAUGGUGGCUGACAUCCUAACCAUGAGUGUUCCUGCUGUCGCUUUGACCUCCAAACCCGAGUACGCCAACUCCCAAAUGCAACAAAUCAUUGAGCAAAAGAAGCAGCAGAUGGAGGAGGAGGGCAGCCUGGGGGCAAAGAAGGCCCCGGCUUCGGGACGGUACGAGUUAGAGCAUCUCUCCACUCCCAAACGGCCCGAAACCUCGCCUUCUAAAAUGGAAUGUGCCAGCAAAACCGAGAGCUGAGUCUGAGGUCUCCUCUGUAGCUGACUCUGGAGGAACAUUUUGGACAAAGUGCCUUUGAGGGCCAGUGGCACCGUUUUUUUUUAAAAUAAGAAUGUAGGUAGAGUUAAAAAGAACCAACUCCGUGUCCUUUUCUUGUCCCGCUGUUUCUGUAUAAAAUCGUGUUGUUUUAUAAUUUGUGUUGAAUUCUGCGUCAUUGGCUGUUGCUUCAUGGGAAGAGUCCAGAUGAUCAGGAUGUCAUUUGGGGCCAAACGGAAGGAGCAAAGCGCCCAGAGAAUGGAUAGAUGGAUCGUGGGAUGAUGUGGGGAGGCCACUGUCUUGCUACCUUCAACAUCAAAGCCAUUUUAGCUCAAACCUCUCGAGAUUCGUACCCCCCACUGUAUUAUUGUUACUGUAUUAGGAGCACGAGGACAAGCGUAUUCUAUUGUGUUAAAGAUGUAAGAGAGGGACCUGUUUGAAUAGAGGAAAGCAGUGAGUGGGGUUGUGCCCCUGGGCACCAGCCUUUGGGAGAAAUAUUGAAAAGCUCAGAUAUUGGUCUCUUCAAUAUAUAUUGAAUUGUUCCUUUCUGAUCAAUUCCCAGUAACUGCUGAGUCCAGGUCAAUGAUGAUGAUUUAUGUGGACACUGUAAGCUUCAGCUAUAACAAGCCAUAAUCUUUGGUUCCCUCAAUUUGUCCGCAUUGUUCAUGGUGAAUUGUAUCACGUCACCAGAAAUAGAAACCAGACUGAGUUUCAUUCUGAGUUUGGUGAAUUCAAGGGCUGCUUUUUUUUUGAACAGAAGUGAUUUUACACAGCAUCUUAAAUAUACAAGCCCUUCCAGAAUCAUUCCUUAAACAUCCACCUCCUGACUGAGAGCCAAUGACAUGAGAAAUUACAACUGUGCAUGUCACCGGGAAGCCUGUGUUUCUGUCACAAACCCAUGUUUGAUGCUGAUGUAUAACUGAGAGUUUAUACACAGGAAGGUUCACUGGUCUCCUGAACUGUGGAAUAAAUUGCGAUUUUGACUGAU